AUGUUCUUUCUUCUCGUAUGGCAAUGUAUGGUUCUAAGUGUCACAUGUCGACAUGACAGCCCCAUCGUUAUCGAACGACCGCUAAAUCGGGUGGAAUUAGAUGAUUUGCUAAUGGAAUACAACAAGGACCAUGGUCCCACUGAUAAUGUCUCUAUUACUGUUGACAUCACAAUUAAUAGCGCACGCCUGUCUGAAGACGUCUUACGGAUAUCAUUGACACUAGAACAGAUAUGGAUCGAUGGACGAUUAAUGUUCAAAGGAGUGUCGGAAGUGCCGUUGCCAAACAACGUUCAACCAUGGCAUCCGGAUACAGUAAUCGUGAACGCGUUGAGUAACGAAAUCAAAGCUGCAUCGACUUUUCUUAAACAUGAUGGAACUGUUCGGAAAAGACAGCUUUGUUUCGUUGAAGUUGUGUGUGAGGAAUCAAAGUUAGAUGACGAGGUGCUCGAAUGUCCGAUAACAUUGAUGAGCUUCAGCAGUCGUGGAGUCGAUCGAAUAUCAUACAACGUUGAUCACAUCGAUACUGAUCGAAUAAGCAGGAUAUCGAAUACUACGGUUGUGUACGAAACAAUAACUGAUCAUCGAAAUCGAACAUCAGAGCUAGCAAAUGCUUUUUUACAUCUUCGAAAACCUCAUCAUUUACUUGGUGACCUCAUCGAAAAAGUAAGUAAAGCGGCUCAUUUGCAGGAGAAUCAUUAA